ACACUGAUCAGACAGGAUGGAAACUCUGAUCAACAUGGACCCACGACUACGACUCCUCUUCACUCUGGUUGGACUGUUGUCUACAACAAAUACUGUGACUACUACUACUACUACUGCUCCAGAACCUACUACUACUAUCAUUGCUCCAGAACCUACUAAUACUACUAUCAUUGCUCCAGAACCUAAUGAUACUACUAUCAUUGCUCCAGAACCUACUAAUACAACUACUCCCCCAGAACCUACUAAUACUACUAUCAUUGCUCCAGAACCUACUACUACUAUCAUUACUCCAGAACCUAGUAAUACUACUACUACUCCAGAACCUUCUAAUACUACUAUCAUUGCUCCAGACCCUGCUAAUACUACUACUCCCCCAGAACCUACUAAUACUACUAUUAUUGCUCCAGAACCUACUAAUACUACUACUCCCCCAGAACCUACUAAUACUACUAUCAUUGCUUCAGAACUUACUACUACUACUACUACUACAACCUCUCCCACCACCACUCCAACUACUCCAAAAACUACUACCACCACUACCGCUACUCCAACUACUACUACUACUACUACUCAGUCUCCAACUACUCCCACUAUUAACUUCUGUCAACCUAAUACAAUCGGUAACUUCACCUUCCCACAAACCCCCAUCAGCUGGUUCGCGUACUCAGAGGAAGUUUGUCCUCCACAUACCAGCGCCGCUGGUAAACCACGGGCGUCUGUCAGAUGUGUGUCCAUCAAUGGAUUUCUGGCUUUUCAGGAUCUAAAGGAGCUCGAGUGCGAGCAGACACUCAGCAACAUACAACAAAAUCUCAACAGUACAGAGGAUUUAGAGACAUUGGCGUCCAGUACUCAGAUUCUGACAUCUACACCUGAAAACCUGACAGCUGAAGAAGUGACGACGGCAGUUCAGAUUACCAACACUCUGCUACGAUCACCGAACCCCACAGAGAGCGUCAGGGUGGCUGCAGUGGCCACGGUUAGCCAGCUACUGAACGCCAGCCUACCAGACGACGCUGAGGCCCAGGACUCCGCCCUGCAACUCACAGAGACACUGGACGAGCUCUCUGUGAACCUCAACUCGUCUCAGGUGGUCCAACCAAACCUGGUGGUGCAGUCGACCCAGGUUCCUACGGGAGACACCCAGGGAGUCCAGUUCACCGUGCUGACAGGGAUAUCUGGGAGUUUUGAGUCUGAAAGGAUCAAGCUGAACACCAACGCAUCAGAGGUGGAGGAGUCCCCUGAGUCCGACGUCCUCAUUUACAUCCGCUUCAGUGCAGAGAAACCUGUCCGUCAGAAUCCGUCCGACUUGUCUCUGGGUUUCGUUCUCUACCAGAACGACCGUUUCUUCCAGUCAAACCUCUACAGGAGGACUAAGGCCACCAUCAGGGUCCUGUCAAGCAGGGUCAAAGGCAAGGACGGCGACGUGGUGCCGGAACAGGUGGACUUGAUGUUCACACCCAAGCUGAUCAAAGGGACGACUCUGCACGACUACUCCUGUGUUUUCUGGGACUACACCCUAAAGGACUGGAGCACCGUCGGCUGCUGGAAAGGAAGCUCUUCAGACGGACUGAUGAGAUGUUCCUGCAACCACACCACCAACUUCGCUGCUCUCUGGUCCUUCAAAGAGGACUACCAGUAUGCAGAAGCCCUGGACGUCAUCUCCAUCGUGGGACUUUCCUUUUCCAUCCUGGGCCUGGUUGUUACCAUCAUUCACCACCUCACAGAAAGCUUCUACAGGAAGUCUGGGGAUCGUCAGAACAACCUGAACUCAAAGCUGGCCCUGCUGAGUAUCUGCGUCUGCCUGCUGGCCUUCAUCAUCACCUUCCUCUCCGGGGUGAACAACGGGCCGAUGGAGGCCGAGAACAAAUUCAAUGAGAUCCUGGACUCAGACCACCACAAAGUCCCAGACCAGGGCCCGUGCACGGCGGUGACGGCUCUGCUCCACUUCUUCCUGUUGGCCACCUUCACAUGGACCAGCAUCUAUGGGACCCAGCUGGUGCUGCUGGUCCGGACCCUGGCUCGCAGUCUGCCAUCACACUGGACGUCCUUCAGCCUGGUGGUGGGAUUUGGAGUCCCAGCUGUCGUCAUGGCCGUCACCCUGGGAGUAACCUACUCUAUGGAGAACCCUCUGGGAUACAGACAGGAGGAAUUCUGCUGGCUUGCAGCUCUGGAUGAAAACAAACACUUUGACGUCAGCAAGCCCAUGUUCUGGGGCUUCGUGCUCCCAGUCGGCCUGAUCCUGGUCUACAAUACGGUGCUGCUGGUCCUGGUCUCGAUGACCACCUGCAGGACGGACCCCAAACUAACCAGCACCAGGCAAUGGUCUCUGUGGAAGAAGUUCCUGGUCUGUUUCUCUCUGGUGGUGAUGCUGGGUCUGUCCUGGAGUCUGGGUUUCAUGGUGCUCUUCACAACAGGCAAAACCCACUUCAUCUUCAGCAUCUUGUUCUGCCUCUGCACCACCACACAGGGUUUCCAGGUCUUCAUCCUGUUCACGGCCCGAACAAAGUCCUUCAGAGCCGUCAUGCACAGUUCCCUCCACCGCGUCACCAACGCCACCAACAACCUGUGGACGUCUCUGAGGUCCACCAGCUCUGAGGUCGACACAGACAGCAAAGUGAAGGACCUCAGCGGAAUGUAGGACGGACCGGGACCACCACACACAUCCUGGUUCUACUGGACACCACUGUUCUACUGGUUCUGCUGGUCAUAUGUAGACCUAAACUAGUCUAAACCAGUCUAGUCUACUCUGACCUGUGUUGACAUGACUGAGCCUCUAGGGUGCGCCAUUACUCCAUCUACUCUAACCCUAACACCACGGCCUUCAGUUUGUGUCAUGAGACUCUAAGAACCUAAAUGUUUCCUGGUUGUUUGUGGUUCAUCAUGUUUUUGUUCAUCAUAUGUAACAACAUGCAAAAAAAAAAAAAAGUUUUGAUUUGAUUGAUGUGAUUAGUGAAGAAGGUUCAGAAUCAUUGAAGAACUUCUUCUUCUUGCCUUGAACAAACAAGUUAUUUUGGAUCAAAAUGAGACGGUUCGUUUGUUUGUGAUAUUGUCCUGUUUUUUGUUUGUUUGUUACUUCUUUCUUUCUUUUUACUCCUAUGUUUGAUUUAUUCUUUUAUAUAUAAGAAAAUUUUCAUCAAUAAAGUAUUAAAUGAU